AUUCUAGGCCGAUCGCUCGACGAAGCAAGAAAAGAUUUAUUUCGGAAUGGACACUUUAAAUCGAAAUUCAUGAUUGCAAUCAUAAAAGGAAAUCUAAGAAUAUGACAGGACGACGAAAAUGGAAGUGGAGAGCAUAUUCAAUAAUAUCUCUUAUUUUAAUUUAUUAUAUUUUAACAAUAUUUUUAUUAAAUGGCAAGCAACCAAAGUUGAAUGACAAAGAUAUUUCAACAAUAACUUCUCCCAGGGAAACUGUUUCGUACCAUAAACGAUAUGUCUUCCACACAAGGGAUCGGUCAAUAAAGGAGCAAGAAUACGGGUAUAAUUUAACUGCUGGAGACUUGUUGCCCUUGAAUAGAAGAAUAAUAGAUACACGACCGCAAAUUUGCCGAAAUCGCACUUAUAGGAUCAUGGACGAUAAUAUAACAGUAUCAAUAAUAAUACCUUUUUAUAACGAAGCCGUGUCAACAUUAGUAAGAACAAUCUAUAGUAUUCUAAAUCGAACACCCGAUCGGUUCUUGAAAGAAAUCAUUUUGAUAGAUGAUAAAAGUUCGCAUAUAGGCUUAUUUAAAAAUUUAGAGGAGGAAUUACAAAGACUUGGCCAGAGGCGAACUCUCGUCAAAUUAUUACAAAUUUCUACACAACGACUCGGAUUGAUAAAGGCUAGGUUAAAGGGGGCAACGAUGGCCAGAGGCAAAAUUCUCGCCUUUCUGGAUGCCCAUACGGAGGUGAAUGUUGGGUGGAUAGAACCUCAUUUGGAUAUACUUCAGUCAAAUCAUCAACUAGUCCUGCAGCCGUUUAUAGAUUCUAUCGACUCCGAUACAAUGCAAUAUACGAAUGCUAGACGCGUGUUUAAAGGGGCCUUUACCUGGGAUUUAAGAUACGUAUGGUUAAGGACACCCGAAUACCUCGAAAACUUUGUGUUUAGUAGUGCUCAAGCUUUCGAAACACCUGUUCUAGUCGGUUGUGCUAUUAUUGUUCGAAAGGAUUAUUUUUUUAAGAUUGGUUCUUUUGAUUCCGGAAUGAGCAUUUGGGGUGGAGAGAACAUCGACUUAUCUUUUCGAACUUGGCUAUGUGGAGGAGGAGCGAUGAUUGUUCCUUGUUCUAGGAUUGGACAUUUAUUUCGUAAUGUUCCCUAUAAAGAUUCCCAAUUUCAAGUUAGAUGGCAAACUAAUUUACAUAGAGUAGCCGACGUAUGGUUGGAUAGAUUCGCCAAAUUUUAUUACGCUUCCGUAUCAUUCUAUAACUAUACAAUAGAGAAGGAUAGCUAUUAUAAAGAGACUAUUAGAAAACGUUUCGAUUUACGGAACAAAUUGAACUGUAGGCCAUUCGAUUGGUUUCUUAAAUAUGUUUUUCCACAACUUCCGAUUCCGGAUUCUCAUGUUUUACACAUUGGUGAGAUUAAAAGUCAGAAAAGCACAAUGUGCUGGAGUGUGUUCGAUAAAUAUGUAAGACUUCGUGAAUGUUUCUACUAUCAGAUCGAUCCUAAUAAUCAAUUUAUCCUUAAGUCAAAUGGAUUGUUGAUGCAUGGCGAUAGAUGUGUUAUAAUGAACUUGAAGCAACCCUUUCUAUUAUUAGACUCCUGUCCUGCUGGGUCGCCAGAUGAGAAAUACGGUAUUUGGCAUAUGGAAAUUAAAUCGUAUUCGUGGGGUUACUUAAAACUACGACUGAAAAUCGGUCAUUGGCCUGUUAUUGAAAGAUGCGCAAUACAGGUAACAAGUGCCGGUCAAUUUAUGAAAGGUGCACAGAUACCGCAAGUGCAAAAAUGCUUGACGGUAGCCGAAGAGAUUUGGAGCUUUACGAAUCGUUUCGUUUAUUGA